AUGCCGCCUAAAAAGCCAGAUCUAUCUGGUUACCAGUACUCGGCACUCUCGUCGCUCGUCAUCAAUGCAGACCGUUCGCAUCGUCGCCCGGACGAGCCAUCUGGCGAGGCCGAGUCGCUCGCUGGUCGCAUCAAUGUUCGCGACAUGGGCUCAGCAGUUCAGUCCGAAGGCGUCAAACAUCUCGACAAGAAGCGCAAAAAGGCGCAAUCAGACGAUCAGCUCACUCAACCAAAUCCCAAGCGUCAGGCUGCUUCUACCUCCUUUUCCAAUCAAAACUCGUACACCGACAUUCUUCAAGCUACCUCGGAACUCGAAGGCCUCCGCUAUCAUCCCAAGACAGCAGAGACGCGAGACAUCUACGAACUCAUCCUGAGUAUCGUUCACUCUGCCCUUGGAGAUCAAGCGCAAGAUGUCGUUCGUUCGGCCGCUGAUACCACCCUCGAGAUUCUCAAAGAUAAUGACCUCAAGGAUUUGGAAAAGAAGAACGAGAUCCAAGAAAUCCUCGGCACACUCUCCACCGAGACCUUUGGACAACUCACCAACCUCUCCAAAAAGAUCACAGACUACGACGAGCCAGGUCCUUCCGACGGGGCUGCCGAUGUCGAUGCAAAGAUCGGCGAGAUCGACGAGCAGACCGGCGUAGCAGUUCUCUUUGAUGACGAUGACGAGGAGAGCGACCAGGAUGGCGUUAACUAUGUCGUAAGAGAUGGCAGUGACGAUUCGGAUGCUUCCGACAACGAAUCGGCACCACGGCAAAGAGACCUCGAUGCUGAUGCAGACGCUGCUGCUGAUGACGACGACGGUGAGGAUGCGCUCAUGAUUGGACCCAGCACUACAGCCAACACCAACGCUGACGUCGACGCCAAGCCACGCGAUCCGAAUCAUGUUAGUCCUCGCGAUAUUGACGCGUUCUGGAUCCAGCGUCAGAUCUCGCAGCACUAUCCAGACGCUCACGAGGCCAGCGACAAGGCCGACAAAGCCUUCGACAUUCUAUCUGCCGAAUCCGAUGUCCGCGACUGCGAGAACAGCCUCAUGGAGCUUUUUGACUAUGACAAGUUCGAGCUAGUCCAGGUCCUUACCAAGAACAGGGAUGCCGUCGUCUGGUGUACGCGCUUGGCACGCGCAGAUGACGAUGAAAAGGUCAACGUGCAGGUCGCCAUUCGCGAAAAAGGUGUCGCUUGGAUCCUCAAGGCGUUGCAGGGCGACGCCUCUCUCAAUGUUGCUUCAGCCAAUGGCAAAACCUCCAACGGUCUCACUCCCAUCGAUCUCGAAGACGCGCAGCGCAAAGCAAAACGUCUCACUUCGCGUGCCACCAUCGCUCCUGGGUCCACAGCUCAGCCUCGCCGCGGCGUCGACCUUGAAGCCAUGGCUUUCGCUCAGGGCGGCCAUCUCAACACCAAUGCCAAGGUUCGCUUGCCAGAGGGAAGCUUCAAGCGUACCAAGAAGGGCUAUGAGGAGAUUCACAUUCCCGCCCCCGUCAAGAGGACCGUGGGAGAGGGUGAACUCGUGCCCAUCACCAGCCUGCCUCUAUGGGCACAAGAGGCUUUCCCAGGCGCCACAUCGCUCAACCCUGUCCAAUCGCGGUGCUAUCCCGUUGCUUUCGGCUCCGAUGAACCCAUGCUGCUGUGUGCACCUACCGGCGCUGGCAAGACCAAUGUGGCCAUGCUCACCAUCCUCAACGAGAUCGGCAAGUGGCGAGACCAAGAGACUGGAGAGAUCGACCUCAACGCCUUCAAGAUCGUCUAUGUCGCUCCCAUGAAGGCCCUCGUCUCGGAACAAGCAGCCAACUUCCGCGACCGUCUCCAGUCGUACGGCAUUGUCGUCAACGAGCUUACCGGUGACAGCCAGUUGACAAAGGCACAGAUCGCGGAAACACAAAUCAUCGUCACCACCCCAGAAAAGUGGGAUGUCAUCAGCCGCAAGAGCACCGACACUUCGUACACCAAUCUGGUCCGCCUCCUCAUCGUCGACGAGAUCCAUCUCUUACACGACGACCGCGGUCCCGUCCUGGAAGCCAUCAUCUCGCGAACCAUCCGUCGCAUGGAACAGAUGAACGAUCCUGUCCGUCUCGUCGGCCUCUCGGCCACUUUGCCCAACUACCAAGACGUGGCCACCUUCCUCCGCGUCAAUCCCAAAACUGGGCUGUUCUACUUUGAAGCCAACUACCGCCCCUGUCCUCUAAAGCAAGAGUAUGUCGGCAUCACCGAGAAGAAGGCCAUCAAGCGGUUGCUCGUCAUGAACGAGGUCACUUACGAAAAGACCCUCGAUCAAGCAGGCAAGAACCAGGUGCUCAUCUUUGUCCACUCGCGCAAAGAGACGGCCAAGACCGCCAAGUUCAUCCGCGACCGAGCCAUGGAGCAGGACACACUCAACCGCUUCUUGCCCCCUUCGCCCGCCAGCCAGGAGGUGCUGCGCUCUGAGCUUGACAACAUCACCGACGCCGACCUCAAGGAUGUCAUGCCCUACGGCUUUGGUAUUCACCACGCCGGUAUGUCGCGCCUUGACCGCGAGUUGGUGGAAGCGCUCUUUGCCGACGGUCACCUUCAGGUGCUAGUCUCCACCGCCACCCUGGCUUGGGGUGUCAACCUUCCAGCGCACACCGUCAUCAUCAAGGGCACGCAAAUCUACAAUCCAGAGAAGGGACGGUGGUGCGAGAUCACGCCGCAAGACAUGCUCCAGAUGCUCGGCCGUGCCGGUCGACCGCAGUUCGACACAUUUGGCGAAGGCAUCAUCAUCACCAACCACUCUGAGCUCCAGUACUAUUUGAGUUUGCUCAACCAGCAGCUGCCCAUCGAAUCGCAGCUCGUCUCCAAGCUCGCCGACAAUCUCAACGCCGAGAUAGUCCUAGGCACGAUCCGCAACCGCGACGAGGCGGUCGCUUGGCUGGGCUAUACCUAUCUCUACGUUCGCAUGCUGCGCUCGCCGACACUGUACAGCGUCACAGCUGACUAUGCCGAUGACGAUCCGUUCCUCGAACAGAAGCGCGCCGACAUCGUCCACACCGCCGCCGCCUUGCUCGAAAAGUGCGGCUUGUUGCGGUACGAGCGCCGCACGGGCAACUUCACGUCCAACGAGCUCGGCCGCAUUGCAUCACAUUACUACAUCACGCACGACAGCAUGUUGACCUACCACCAACAGAUCAAACCGCAGCUCGGCCUCAUUGAACUCUUCCGCAUCUUUGCGCUCUCCAACGAGUUCCGCCACCAGGUGGUGCGACAGGAUGAGAAGCUCGAAGUCGCCAAGCUGCUCGAACGCGUGCCCGUCCCUGUCAAGGAGUCGGCCGACGACCCAAUCGCCAAGGUCAACGUGCUUUUGCAGUCGUGGAUCUCGCAGCUCAAGCUCGAUGGGUAUGUGCUUGCUGCCGACAUGGUGUAUGUUACGCAGUCGGCGGGGCGCAUCCUGCGUGCCAUCUUUGAAAUUUGCCUCAAGCGCGGCUAUGCUCGGCUCAGCAGGAUGGCGUUGGAUCUUUGCAAGAUGGUCGAGUCGCGUCAGUGGGGCUCGAUGACACCGCUACGUCAAUUCCGUGGUGUGCCUGCCGAUCUCAUUCGCCGUCUGGAGCGCAAGGAGUAUCCCUGGAACCGUUUGCGCGACCUCGAGCCAAAUGAGAUCGGCGAGCUUAUCGGGAUUCCCAAAGCGGGGCGACUCGUCCAUAGGUUGGUUCACCAAUUUCCGCGUUUGGAGCUCCAAGCCUUCUUCCAACCACUCACCCGCUCCUUGCUUCGCGUCCAGCUCACCAUCACCCCCGACUUUCAGUGGGACGAAAAGGUCCACGGCGGUGCUCAAUCGUUCUGGAUCAUGGUCGAAGACGUUGAUGCCGAAAUUGUGCUCUUCCACGAUCAGUUCCUGCUGCUGCGCAAGUACGCAGAACAGGAGCACACGGUCGAUUUCACAAUCCCAAUGACCGAGCCCAUCCCGCCCAACUACUACAUCAGCGUCGUCAGCGAUCGAUGGCUGCACAGCGAAGUGCGGCUUCCCAUCUCGUUCAAGAAUCUCAUCCUGCCCGAAAAGUUCCCGCCUCAUACGCCGUUGCUCGAGCUGCAGCCACAACCCGUUACUGCGCUCAACGACGAUGCUGCGGAAGAGCUGUACUCCAAGGCGUUCCCGCACUUCAACAAGGUGCAGACGCAGACAUUCCACGCACUCUACGGCAGCGAUGAUUCCGUUUUCGUCGGUGCACCAACGAGUAGCGGCAAGACGGUCUGCGCCGAGUUGGCACUGCUGCGGCUCUGGAAGGACGAAGAUGCGGGCCGUGCCGUCUGCAUCAUGCCGUACGAAUCCAUGGUGGCCCCUCGCGUGGCCGAAUGGAAGGCCAAGUUCGGCUCGUAUCAGGGCGGCAAGGAGGUGCUUGGCCUGACUGGAGAGACGAGUGCCGACCUACGUCUGCUCGAGAUGGCCGAUGUCGUUGUCUGCACACCGGAACACUGGGACGUUCUCUCGCGCCGCUGGCGUCAGCGCAAGAACGUGCAAAGCGUCGCCCUGUACGUCUUUGACGAAAUCCACAUGGUCGGCGACGCUCGCAUAGGUCCCACGUACGAGAUCGUCGCUUCCCGUGCGCGCUUCGUUGCUGCCCAGACGCAAAACGCUACGCGCAUGGUGGCGCUCAGUGUCCCGCUCGCUAACGCACGCGAUCUCGGCGACUGGCUCGGUGCGCCCAGUGGCAGCGUGUUCAACUUUGCCCCCGGUGCAAGGCAGGUUCCUAUGGAGGUGCACUUCCAGACAUUCAACAUCCCGCACUUCCCCAGUAUGAUGAUCGCGAUGGCCAAGCCGGCGUACUUGGCGAUCAUCGAGCAUGCAGAGGACCAGCCGGUGAUUGCGUUUGUGCCCAGUAGGAAGCAGGCCAAGCUGACUGCCGAGGAUCUGCUCGCCUACGUAGUAGCUGACAGCGACAGGGACGACGGCGACAGCGAGAACGGUGGCGAGUCGAGGUUCCUCAACAUUGAAAUGGAGGAUCUGGAGCCGCAUCUGCAGCGCGUGCAGGACCGAGAGUUGCGAGAGUUGCUCGCCAGCGGUAUCGCGUACUAUCACGAGGGGCUCACCAAGAACGACCGCCGGAUCGUUGAACGUCUGUUUACGGCCGACGCGAUCCGUGUAGUGGUGGCCAGCAAAGAGACGGCAUGGAGCAUCCCACUCACGGCGCACCUCGUGCUGAUCAUGUCGCUGCAGACGUACGAAGGGCGCGAACACCGAUACGUCGACUAUGCGCUGCCGGACGUCUUGCAGAUGGUGGGGCGUUGCAGUGUGCCCAACGACGAGGGGACUUGUCGGCUCGUUCUGCUGUGCCAAGCGACGCGCAAGGACUACUUCAAGAAGUUCCUCGCCGAAGGCUUGCCCAUCGAGUCGCGCCUCACCUCAUAUGCCCAGGACUUUUUCAAUGCCGAAAUUGUCGCCCGCACCAUCGACGACAAGCAAGCUGCCGUCGACAUCCUCACGUGGACGCUCAUGUACCGCCGCUUGCAACAAAACCCGCAAGCCUACAACUGCCAGGGUAAGAGCAUGCAGCAUAUCGGCGACUUCCUGUCGGAGCUGGUGGAGACCACGCUAGCCGAUCUGGAGAACUCGAAGUGCAUUGCGAUCGAGGACGAGAUGGACGUUUCGCCGCUCAAUCUGGGCAUGAUCGCGAGCUACUACAACGUGAGCUACGUCACGAUCGAUGUGUUCAACAUGUCGCUCAAGGACCGCACCAAGCUGCGCGGAAUGCUGGAGAUUGUCAGCUCAGCGGCCGAAUUCGAGGACGUCCCCAUCCGCCAACACGAAGACGUGGUGCUGCAGCGCAUCUACGACCGGCUCCCGCUCAAGCUGGAUCGGCUCGAUCUGGUGUCGCCGUACCACAAGGUAUUUGUGCUGCUGCAGGCACACUUUGCGCGGCUGCGGUUACCCGUCGAUCUGGAGGCGGAUCAGCGCUGGAUCUUGGGUAGGAUGCUGAACCUGCUCUCGGCGUGCGUGGACGUCAUGUCGUCGAAUGCGUUCUUGAACGCGGUCGUGGCGAUGGAGCUGAGCCAGAUGGUGGUACAGGCGGUGUGGGAGCGCGACAGUGUGUUGAGGCAGGUGCCCGGCUUUACGGCCGAGGUGGUGGAGAGGUGUAGGGCAAAGGGGGUAGAAGAUGUGUAUGGGCUGUCGGAUUUGCUUGCGGACAUGGGUGAGGCGGAGCGGGACGAGUUGCUGCAGAUGGACAAGAAGCAGGUGGCGCAGGUGGCGAGCUUCGUCAAUUCGUUCCCCUACAUCGAACUAACGUACACCGUGGAGACGCCAGAAGACGAUCGCAACGCCAGCGAACCGCUCAGCGUGCGCGUCCAUCUCGAAACCGACUCGGACGACGACGGGGGCGAGGCAGGUGACGCGCAGCUCGUGGCGCAAAGCACCUUCUAUCCGGGGCGCAAACUCGUACAGUGGUGGAUUGUCAUCGGCGACCCGGGCACGAGGAACCUGCUGGCGAUCAAGAAGGUGACGAUCCGCAAAUCGAUCGAUGUCAGCCUGGAGGUGUCGCUGCCCCAGGGCACGCACGAUCGGUUGAAGGUCUGGUUGAUGUGCGAUUCCUACGUUGGCGCGGAUCGCGAGGUCCAGAUGGAGCCCAUCGUCGUUGCUCAGGGUGUCGAUUCUGACGAGGACGACGACUCGGACGGAGACGAGGACGAGGCUGAUCAGAGUGACGCCGAGUAG